AUGCCGCCGCGAGGAAGUUCAUCCCGCGGUCGCGGUCGUGGUCGCGGCGUGAAAGCAACAGGAGGGGCCGGGAAGCGUAAGCGGGACCCGGACGAUGCGGCGGAGCUAGACGGCAUCCAGAAGCAGCGGAAGACUAAAAACAAAGACAGCAUGAUGGAGGACCGAGAAUGGACGAACCAGUAUUACCAAGGCGUCAGCAUUACUGAUCUACAUGGGAGGGGAUAUGGUCAUUGCCACCUGAUCACGCCGCGAGUCCCGUUCUCGUCGCCAUUCGCCUGUGAUGGCAGCAUCGAGGUCAUGUCUGGCAGUGGGGCGCCCGGUGACGGGUCGGUGCGUCUAGUUGGACCCAGGGACUAUUUUGGCAAGAGCAAGGAGCAAGUCGUCCUUCUGGCAAACGCAGCCAAGCCACCUUCAAAGAAAGCAGCAUACGAAGUCGUCGUCAUCCCGACUGGGGCGACAGGCGCAUCUUCUAUCAAGAGGGAGUAUCCACAGAUUAUAUCGUUCAUCUGGCCUGAAAAGAAGGCAGACAAGGAGCUUAGCGGCAUUCUCGCAAAGGACGAGAAGGGCACAUAUGUCGAUGUUCUCAAGAAAGUGUUCAAGGAGCAGCUGAAAGCCUUUGACAAGUCAGUGAUUGACACGACAGAGGACCCUGACGCGAACUUUGCUGGUGUGGGUUGUGUUCUUUCACCGCCAAUGGGUUCGAACAUCAAAUCCGAUAUUGACGGUACCGUUCACUUUUUGGAUCAUGGAGUUCUCUUCAUCUCUGAGAUCCAUAGAAUCUUUCUGCCGUUCAAAUCACUCGAUCGCGUUAUGCUUGUCCAUGCUAAAGAUAGCAAGGGCAAACUCGUUGGCCUCGAUGUGGUCUGCAACGUGAUAGAACCGUUUCACGAGGACAAGGAAGAAGAGAGCAGCGGAACGACUAUGAUCAAGAUUGGGCAGGUCGAUGAUGCUCUUUUCAAAGAUUUGAAGGAGUACAUGGAGGAGAACGAUUUGCAAGUCAUGGUGUGUGAGCAGUCGUUCUAUGACUACAAAAAGGGCAAAUCAAUGACCGGGUUCAUGCCUAUGAUGGGGGCCUGA